UUAAUUAAAUGAAACCUUUAUAGAUGUCUUGUUGUUGAAAGAAAAGUAGUGCUUAAUUAAAUUGUAAAUGUUAUUGAAUAUCUAGUGUCACAGUAGCCACAAAAAAAAACAUUAAUUUACCCAGUUAUUUAUUUACCAAUCAGAAUACCAAGUGAUGUUCCUUGAACAUCAACAAAGCAUACUAGAAUGAUUUCUAAAGGGUUUAUUUAUUGCGAUUCUACAUACUGUUUCCCAUACUUCGUCUCAGUUUAAUUCACUAACAAUACCGUAGUUUUAUAACUGAAUUGCUCAAGAAGCACUGCGUGGUGUUUCACGCCCACAUACUGUACAUUUGGCCACGUAGUAUCCAUUUCUGUGAUUGAAACGCUUUAGCUCAAUACUGCCCUCUUGAGCUUGAGGGAAGGUAGAGUGGGCUCUGCAGUGGACUCACACUGUCACACUUUGGUUCUGUCUAGGAAAGACAGACAAUUGUUCUUCAGUUGUGUCAGCUACAUGAGCACAUCUCUCCUUCUCCUCGGGACUGCCUCUGUUCUGUGUUCUGGAGUUCGACUUUCUCUCCUCGGUUUCUGCUGGAUCUCCAUUCGUAGACUGCGUAAGGCUUUGGAUAGACCCCAGAAGCAGCGGCAUGGAGAACCGGCGCUGCCAGCACCCUCAACAGCCCAAUGCCCAGGCCCAAGAGGCCUCAUCCGGGCCCCAGUCCUCCAUGCCCCAGUCCCCUUUACUGUCUGGAGCCUCCUCCCUCAUCUCCCUUACCCAGACAGAGGAGUUCUUUGACCUCAUAGCCAGUUCCCAGAGCCGCAGACUGGAUGACCAGAGAGCCAGUAUAGGUGACCGUCUGGGCAUCAGGAUAGCACAGAACAAUGUGGGACACUUGUGUGAUGCAUGUAGUCCACGGGAACCUAGUGAUGAGUUUUUCAACAUGCUCAUAAAGUAUCAGUCCUCCAGGAUCAAUGAUCAGAGGUGCUCUUUGCCACCAGCACCAGACCCAGAUGAAGACUUCUUCAGCCUUAUUCAGAGGGUGCAAUCCAAACGCAUGGAUGAACAACGGGUGUCUUUUCCUUCUGAUGAAAAGGAUGAAACAGACUUAAAUUAUAAGUCCAAACCCUCUGAGGGCUCAAGCUAGAGACUGUGGCACUUCUGAUGUGACUUUCACAAAGUCUUCUGCAAACUCUGACUCUCUGGCUGCACAUUUUAAGAGAUCUUCCAAGGCUGGGUUUAGGGGGGGCGUAAUAUAGGUUUAUUUUAAUUAGUGGGACUAUAUCGUGUUGAAGUGUUUCAUGUUUUUACAGUCACCCUGAGUUACCCUGAGGUGAAUCCAAACCCAACAGAUGUGAUUCAGAGGGAAUGGAAACACUCACAUGUUUGUAUGUACCAAUUGUUCUUUCACAAAAGUGUUUGUGCAGAUCUUAAGCAAAGCAACGCCAUGGAAAAUGAUUAACAUGAUGCUUUGCUUUCCAAGGAUAAUAUUACUAACUACUGUCACACAACACAAUAUAGAUCGGUGUGACAAACAACGACAGCACAUGAUCCCCAAACAGGUGCGUGUUCAUUUAACUCAAGUGUAAAGUGUGUUUCAGCGCACACUGAAUAUGAAUGAACUGAUACCCAGCAGAUGGGAGCGGUUGUAUCUGAAGCUGUAUGGC